CAGAAAUCAAUCGCACGUGCAACAUGAUUGUCCACAGCCACUUUCGUCACGACCGUUCUUGAUGCCCACAGAACAUGUCCAAGAAAGUGAGAACGGACAUGCUCAAUGAAUGUCCUUUGAACACAUGUUUUUAGUUGUGCUGUGAACAUGGGUGGAGCUCAGCAGCGAGUACGUGUUGGAAUCAACACUGAAUCGCCAGCAAAAUUGAGACGAGUAGCCAUGGUGCAAGUGAGUAUGAGCCAGUUUGGGUUCGCCGAAGACUCAGCUGACAGAGAGCAAACAUGUGCGACUUGGCCGGACCUUUGCAGCCUUCUCCGGCCAACGAGGAUCUCAGAAUUGCGGCUGCUAUGCCUUACCUGUUUGCGCAUGAGUACUAUCAGAACCCAUGGUUGGGCCCCCAGCCCAGGCCAACUAUUGACAACUUUGGCCUUUUAAAGGGAUUCUGAGGUGGAAGAAGAUCAGCGGCAGCUUCAAAGCCAGUUGCUUGCCCAAGUCUCUGCAUUCUCCAAGUAUUCCAAACCAUGCUCCCAACAGAGUGUUCUCAAGCUCAGCUGGGGCGGCAGUCGAACAUGGAACUUGACCAACGUAUCCGACGGCUGAAUUGGCAGUUGGAAGAGGAGCGUCGGUUGUCCAGUUCUGACCUUCUGUCAAAUGCUUGUCGGCCAAGGUUGCACUUUUUGAGGGUGGCAUGAAGCAGCUGUCCUGGAAACUCCACUUCCUCCAAUGAGGCGAGGAGUCAGCGCUGACCCCGCGGCAGCGUGGGCUAGAGUAUUUUGGAGCUUUCGACUGCUUCGACCUGCGCUAACACUCCGCAGAGCGAGGCUUCGUGGGCUUAUUUGUUGCUUGUCUUAUGAUUUUCAUACAUGUUCAUUGAUAGCCGUGCAGAUCGUGCAGCUGAAAAUGCUGCGAAUGGUCAGGCGCUGAGUCACCGAGCAGAGGUUCGGUGGAAAGAGCUUGUGACGUUUCAUGCUGGUUGCUGUGACAUGGCCGACGCCUACCAUGCACGCGAACAGUCCGACAAGCCUACCGGGCGCUUUGCGGCAUCACCCAGCAAUCCAGUCAGUGUGCUUGUCAGGUCAAGUGUGCGUGCUUGUGCAGCAUAAAAUUUGCCGGCGGGCCUUUCGAUUCUGCCAUAUACAGGACGCGUACCAAAAGCUGAAGUUGGCUGGCCGCGUGUCAAAAAUGGUUUGUGCAAAAGUGCUGAUACAGUUGAGAAGAUCCGGUUUGUGGACUGCCUCGUUUUGGCAGAGUAACCUCGAUUUUCACAAGCUGGGAGAAUCGCAAACCGGAGUUUUCUCAUGUUCGGAUGGACACCUUGCAUACUGGAGCCACCCCCUAUAGCAGGGGAGCGGCGAUUGCUCCGAAUGUCUCUCACACCGAAUAGCGGGAGGCAGGGGUCUGGAGUCAUUAGCAGUUGUUUUCUUGAAACCGAUUGCAGCCCUCGAAGUUUGAGGAAGUUUAUCGCAAAGCACAUGCGGCAUUCCUGAGAGAGCAUCAGCGACGUCGAUGAUGGCAGUUUCUUUAGUUCCUGAUGUGGGUGACUGUCAACAGCGAGAGUGGGAUUUGCGUUGUUCAGCAUGUCCACUGGCCUCAAAGCUAUGGCCAACUGACCGAUCGGGGCCAUGUCGCCGCCGAUCGCUGACAAAGUAGCCAAAAAUAUCAGAAAUGUGUGCUGAUGGGUGCAAAGCCGGUUUGGAAUAAAUUUUUGGAAAGUCACGUGAUCGCUUUGCCAGCUGGAAUGUGGUGUGACCGCCUGCAGGUGGUGCUAGUGAUCAACGGCAUUGAUCGGUUGAUCAUGGAGCUCAAGCUGCCCCCGACAGAUGCCUAUCACAAGCUGAGAUAUUGCAUCGAGGACAUCAACGAGACGAUGGAGAAACUCUACGACUCGGUUGGCACGGAGGUGGACGACCGAGUCUACUUCUCCCCGUUGAGAGGGAACGCCGGGAAACCCAUGGGAACGGAGCGAAUGAUGUUCACCUUGGAGUCCUAUGCGGCGAUCUACGCCGAAACGCAUGGCUUCAGUUUUGACCAUCUCACCUUUGCCAAGUGCCUUUGGGGAGAUAUGUACUACAAUGCGGAGGACAACAAGUUCACGAAGACGCCUCCCGAUGCCGAACAGCCUCGGUCCUUCGUGCAGUUCGUGUUGGAGCCGAUCUAUAAGAUCUUCGCGCACUGUCUGGGUGAGGAGAAAGAUGAUUUGGCGCAAACCUUAGCAGAGGUGGGCAUCUACUUGCACAAGCGUGACUAUGAGUUGGAUGCGCGUUCCUUGAUCCGAAAGGUCUUUCUUCAGUACUUUGGCGCCGGUGGAGGCCUGCCAUCAUUUAUUGACAUGGUGGUGCGGCAUAUCCCCACUCCCAAGCAUGUUGUGCCCAGACAGGUGGAGAAGCUGUACUCCGGAGAUCAAGAUGGUGCUGUGGCGCAAGACAUGAAGAACCUGGACACCACAGGCUACUUGAUGCUGCAUGUCGUCAAGCAAUACCACCGGCCCGACUGCAAUGCCUUUGAUGUCUUCGGGCGUGUCCUGUCGGGCACCGUUUUUCGUGGAGAUCGCGUGAAGAUCUUAGGAGCGGAUCCCGGAGAGACCUACUCGCUGGAUGAUGACGAAGAUAUGGCCAUCAAGGAGAUUCAGAACCUUUGGAUCUUCGAGGGUCGCUAUCGUGUGGAAGUCAGCCACGUGCCAGCAGGCAACUGGGUCUUGAUCGGAGGCAUUGAGACCUGCAUCAAGAAGACGGCCACCAUCACCACAGCCUCCAACGAAGAGGAGGACGGACGCACCUUGCGGAAACGCCGAAACGGCCGCGUGGAGAUCUUCCGGCCGCUGCGCUUCCCCACCACGCCGGUGGGGAAGCCCGUGUUCGUGCUUCGGAGAGUGAUCAAGGUCGCCAUCGAGCCACUGCAGCCCGCCGAGCUGCCAAAGAUGGUGGAUGGGCUCAGGAAGAUCGACAAGGCAUAUCCUUUGUCCCGAACAAAGGUGGAAGAGAGCGGCGAGCAUGUACUCCUAGGCACCGGCGAGGUCUACCUGGACUGCGUGCUUCAUGACCUGCGUAGGCUGUAUGGCGAUUUGGAGAUCAAAGUGGCCGACCCUGUGGUGGAGUUCUGCGAGACGGAGACGAGCUCCCUGAAGUGCUUCGCGGAGACGCCAAACAAGAAGAACAAGAAGCUUUGGCACAAGAUCUACAUGGUCGCCGAGCCUUUGGAAAAAGGUCUUGGUGAAGAUAUCGAGAAGGGCAAGGUCAACAUCGAAUGGGACAAGCGCCGUCUCAGUGACUUCUUCACCAAGAACUACGAUUGGGAUCUGCUGGCGUCGCGCUCCGUGUGGGCCUUUGGCCCGGAGGUGAAUGGCCCCAACGUGCUGUUGGACGAUAGCUUACCCACAGAGGUGAACAAGAGCCUUCUGGCCCAAAGCAAAGACAGCUUAAUCCAAGGCUUCCAAUGGGCCACAAAGGAAGGACCUUUGUGCGAUGAGAAGAUCCGCAGCUGCAAGUUCAAGAUCCUCAAUGCGCAGCUGGCCGACGAUGUGGUGCUCCGGGGUGGUGGCUCCUCGGUCGCCUAUUCGGCCUUCCUUUUGGCCACGCCUCGCUUGAUGGAGCCCGUGAUGUUCUCGGACAUCGAGUGCCCGGCCGAUUGCGUGGCGGCCAUUUACAACGUCCUCUCCCGAAGGCGCGGCCAUGUGAUCCGCGAUCUACCCAAGCCUGGAAGCCCCAUGUACUCGGUGCAUGCCUACCUGCCAGCCAUGGAAUCCUUCGGCUUCGAAACGGACUUGAGAACGCACACCUCUGGUCAGGCGAUGUGCCAAACCUUCUUCGAUCACUGGGAGCAUGUGCCGGGUGAUCCCUUGGAUCGAUCGAUUCUGCUGCGUCCACUGGAACCAGCGCCAGCACCCCAUUUGGCGCGGGAGUUCAUGCUGAAGAUGCGGCGGCGGAAGGGUUUGAGCGAGGCGCGACUCGGGUGGUUUGGGCGCUCGGGCGGUUUGGGCGCUUGGGUAGCGAAGCCCACCCACGAAAAUGGCGGUGGACCUGUAUUGGAUUCACGGGCAACGCACCGGUUUUGA